UGUGCCUUGCUCUCAGAUUGUGGUUUCUGCAUGUAUCAUUUCACUUUACAAAAGACUGUAAGUACUCUUAGUGCAUUAUGGUAUAACUUAACUCUGCCCAUGUGAUAAGCUUCAGGAUUAGUAGAGAAAACCAUUUGUGUUUACUCGGCUUACUGAAUAACGGGAGUAGUCAUACUUAAAAAGCCUCGAGCAAAUAGAAGUGCAGGUUUAGCAGUGCCACAUUUGUUCAAGCAAACAGGUGCGCUGCAGUCUCUUCUUCAAAGUGCGUAACAGGCGAUGAAGACUUCCUGGCUGUGUGUGACCCUUCUGCCCCUUUUCCUCUUCAGCUGUGCCCUCCCUGAGAAACAGUGCCAGUGGAAAGACAACUUCCCAGGAAUUCAGCGUGUAGCAGUCCACGACAAUGUUUCCGUGCCCUGUCCCAGGUUUACAGCAGUGGAGAUGAUGUUCAUGUUGUAUAAGGGCCAAAAUAGCAUUGUCACCACCACGUAUGCGAAUAUCUCACAUGCGAGCAUCUUAGGACAGUCAGAAAGCACAAUAAAACACUAUGUAAAUAUCAUAGACAACACCACUCAUUUUGUCCUUUACAAUGUGACUAUGGAAGCGACGGCAUUGUACACGUGCACGGCUAAAAAGUCCUACCCCCCUCCCAUGGUACCCAUCCAAGAGGAACCUCAGACCAUCGUGAUUGUUGAAGGAUAUAAGUAUCCGCAUACCGGCCAAACACUGGAUCAUUCUGCCAGUUCUCUGCCCCUGUGGGUGGGGUUCGGGGUACUGAGCGUAUACGGCCUGAUAAUCACUUGCAUUGCAUUAUCACUGAGGUUCCGUCUGAAAAGAGAGGACAUGACCUCACAUGACUACAUGAACAUGAAGCCACGAGCACGGCGGAGGAAGCAAGGCAUCCAACACCCACCGCCACAAAGCUGGUACAAAGACACGGCCAACGGCACGGCAGUCAGCAAGAAGCUUCCAUCCAAAGGAACACCUGUUUAAAUCCAAGACUCAACUUGAACAAACUGCCCCAGCACUGCACAUUUUAUUGUGUUUUUCCUGCUCUAAUCCACCCAGUAGAAACGCAUAAAGUGUGUAUUAAUUAGUUGAUGAGUUAAUCAGGUGUGUUGGAGCAAAGAGAACAUUAAAAUUUGCAGCGCAGGGGGAAAUGCUGCACUAAACAAACUUUUAUUCAACCACCAACACACCUAUUUGUGCAGAAACUGUAGCAAAGCUAUAGGCUAAAGGUUUUACGUAGUUUUCUUUUUGUGUCUUGUUGUAUUGCUUCAAUCAUUGUUGUGUUUUUGUAGCUUAUAAACUUACCUAAAAGCUUCUAGCUUGUUGAUCAAUCUAAAUACUGUACUGCAUACUUAUACCUACUUAUUGAAGAUACGUUUUCAACUAUUAGCAGAGCCUGAACUGUAGAGUCAGCUGAUCUCUGAUUUAAUCACAUGUGGCUCCCUACACCAGAAUUAUUGGCACCCUUUUAAAAAAUGACCGUGCAGUUUUAUUAUACAGUUUUAUUUAAACACAAUAUUACUUCAUCUUAAAUAAUGCAAUGUGUUUGCGCAAGUUUUUGGCACCUUCCACAAUCGUCCUGUAAUAAUUGUGUCCUGCACCCUUUUCUGUAUUUUAUUUGGACGAAUGUUUUGGGUUAUUAUAUUGUGAAAAAUGUCCAUCUAUAGUCAAGAAACCUCUUGGCAGAGGUAAACAGGUAUUGGACUAAAACGUCCAUUAUUGGAAUUUGUGAAUUUUUUUCAAGAAUAACAGACAAUGUAUUUUUAUAUUGAUAUUCCUAUUAGUAUGAGAAUUUUUGCCCAUUUUCUCACCUGUUCACUGUGGGGCUGACUGUAAACAUACACUACCUUGAGGAUAAAAUAAUGGCUUUAACACCAUAUGUACAUUCUGAACUAUGUGCAGUAGGAGCCAUUUGGGACUCACACCCCGUCUAGCAAUUUUUUAAAAAAAAUUGUUUUACUUUUUUUUCUUUGUGGUGAAGUUUUCACAUAUUAUACACAGCAGUAUAAUCAGGUAACAAAAUAAAACCAAUAAAAACAACAUAAAGUGUCUUGGUAACAUGUUGGUCCACUAUGAGCCCAUCAGAACAUCUUCGGUGCACCUUGGCACAGAUUGUGCAAGUCUCUGGAACUUAACUGGACUGAUGAACAUAAAGAUAUUCCCUCAGAUGGUGUUUUGAUGAUGGUGGAGGAGAGCGCUGUUUAACACAUCACUCCUAAAUCUCCCAUAAGUGUUCAAUGAGGUUAAGCUCUGGUGGCCAUAGUGUAUGAUUUAGAUCACUUUCAUACUUAACACACCAUUCAGUGAGCCCUUGUGGCGUGUGGAUGGGGGCGGGGUCGUCCUGGAAGAGACCACACCUAUUAGAAAAGAAACGUUUCAUCAGA